AUGUCAACCACGGGGGAAGGAGAUCCGGCCUCGGGCGGCCUGGACGGCUCCACGGGCGCGGCGGGAGCGCCGGCCGGAGCGACCGGAGCGGCCAGAGCCGGUGACGGGGCAGACCGCGACUCCGGGCCCCACGGGGACCACGAUGAUUCCGGGUCCCCCCCAGGCGUCGCGGCCUUGGAGGCCAGGAGGGCCGCGGGAGGCCCGGGGGAGGCGGCGGGCCUGGUAGCGGCCCUGGAGGGCGGGAGCUCCGAGGAUGACUCGGACAUCUGGCCGGUCCAGGACGACGACGGGGAGGAGGAGCCCCCGGAGGUCCUGGACGUCGAGGUGGACGCCCACCAGUUCCCCAUGGUGGGCUUCCGCUUCCUGUUAAUGGACCUGGUGCAUUCGCUGCUGCGCCGCAUCUACCACAACGACCACAUCCUGGUGCGGCCCCGCGGCGGCCGCGUGGUGGUGCGGCCCAGGCCCCCCUCGCCCACGGGCUCAGCCAUGCUCCCCGUGCCCCCGGCGCCCGGGGGGCCGGGAGAGGGGCCCGCGCCGAAGGCCCAGGAGCCCGAGGAGCCUGAGGACCCCGAGGAGGACGCCUCCUGGGAGACCCCCGAGGAGGGGCCGGCGGAGGAGGCCGAUGAUGAUAUCAGCGUUUGGGAGAUGGCAGAAGAGACCAGCACUUCUGAGGGUAAGGAGCCGGCCGGGGUGCGGGGGCUGGGGGCCCAGCCUGCGGGACCCCGGCUCAGCGGGGCCUCGGCAGCUGAGGCCGUGGGAGUCAGGGAGCCCUCCACCAACUGA